GUAGUGGACCGCGUCUGAAGUCGGUGUGUGUUGGAGGAAUUCGGAGGGAUUUCUGUUGAACGCACGACCAUCACUCUCCCGGCUUGAUUCGGAACCAAUCAUCAUUGCGAUGUCGGAUGCAAUCCAAUGCUCACGGUUAUGCCAAUUGUGCCUGGCUAGAUCGGCUCUCCGCUGCAUAAUCCGGCGCACAAGCGAUGGCAUUGGUCUGUGUUGGAUCAAAAGGUGCCAGCAUUCAAAGUCUCAACUCAACACUCGAGUGAGGCGUGAGCUGGCGUGUGCGCCGGAAGAUCAUGGAAUCAUACCUGCAUAUGUACAUCCAGAGCUGCUGCGCUAUGUAUGGGUCCCAGACAGCUUAUCGCAUUCCAUGUCCAAUCACCAACCAGAUGGUGAUCGUAGCCGAUUCGCAAGUGUAGCCGGUAAAGGCAGGAUUCUACCGUCGCUGUGGAAUACCCCACUGAAACAAGGCCUUCAUGUUCAUGUACAUACUGGCUACACCUCUGUCGCUGAGGACACAUGAUGUUGAACGUGAUGUUAUCGUGCUCGAGCAUUAUAAAGAGUUUUCGGUAAGAGUAGAUAUCACUGAACGGUGUGUGAUAUCAAAUUCGGGUUGGAUCAUUGACGCACGCGGUGCCAUGCAGUCAGAAUGCAUAGAAAUACCCUGGGCCCUAGGCGAUGGGGAAAAGGCCAUGGAUACUUAACUUUGUGUGUGUGUGCAUACACGAAGCAAGCUUGAGACAAUCUAUGCACUAUGUACAACAACCAGUCAACAUAGCGUCUUCCUAGAAGAAGCGUUUGCGAUGGUUGUCAUACGCGACCUCGCGUAUGACAUCCAUCUCGAAUGUCAGGAGUCGCGCCGAAAUCAGCGGCUACCUAGCCCAGCUAAGGCUUAAUCGAAGGCCAGGGUGACAUGGGUCAUUUUGUUCCUGCGUGUAGUUGAUUCGUCCAGAUUGAAUAGUGGGGAGCCACUAACCACUGUUGAAGCCUGAUGCUUACUGGAUUUCUGACCCAUCCACCAUCUCACUAUUUCUGUGCG